AUGGACGCCGUUGAGCUGCUGACUCUCCCCUGGGCGCUCCAGGACGCGUCCGCACGUCUUCUCACGGGAGACCUAGUCGUGCAUGACAUUGACCGCUGGUGUCAUCGAAAAGCUGAGAAGGGUGGCAUCAAACCAGUCAUGGCCGUUCUCUUUUUCAACACAGGCGAUGAUGCAGUAGACUAUGUCAAGAUCAAGGCUCACGUUGCUGCACGAGCUGGCGUCAGCUAUUGGGUAUACGAGAUGCCCAUCGACGCGUCUACAAAACAGGUCGAAAGCCAAGUCGAAAAGCUAAACAAGAACCCUCGAAUCCACGGGAUCCUCAUACAGCGCCCGUUACCUCAGCAGCUAAAUGAACCAGAAGUCAUGGCGUCUAUCAACCCUAUGAAAAAUAUUGAGGAGUACACUAAAGGUCGGCCUAACAACAUUGCUGCCGACGCCUUGAUCCGCUUGUUGGCGAGAUAUGGGCUACUAGGGUCGGCACAGCAAGCCAGAAUUCAGAUUGUUGGUUUCGGGAAUAUCAUUACGGAAGAGUUCAUCCAGCAGUUAAAGGGACAAUUCCCCUAUGUGAGCUGGUCUAAAGACUUCGAUCCAUCUUUUGAUGCUACUCCAGACAAACAUGAAGCUCUUCAGGAGGAAGUCAAGUCACCACGCGUUUCUAUCAUCAUCUCGGAACUGCAUCGCGGACCCGGUUUCAUCAAAGCAUCCAUGGUCAAACCUGAAGUCGGUGUCUUGGUUGAUCUUGGCUUCUAUGUUACAGAAAAAGGCGUCAUCGGCGACGUGAGCCACUCUCUCUUUGACAGAAGCGAUCUAGCAAUUGCACCAACACCAGGAGGAGUCCUUCCCAUCUUAUUGUGGAUUAUGAUGGAGCGGACAAUUAAGGCCAAGCAAAUAAUUGCAAAGGAAGAGAUGCAAGGGUGCUGUUGCAAUAUGUGA